ACACACACACACGAGAUCAUUUAAUUACAUCACUCUCUGCUGCUGCCUUUCCGAGAUCUCCCCCAGGCUGGGACACACAGCCUGUGCUCCGGGUAAGGUCAAGAUGCCAACUCAGGAAGCAUAAGAGAGGGGAAGAGCAGAAGCCCACCCAUCUGUAUCUCCUCAACUAGCAAAGACGAGAAAGACGGAGAAAAAAGGAAACAGCAACACAGACUGAUAGAAACAAUAAAGCAGGAAUAGGAAGCUCCCGACACAGCGACUGCUCCGGGAGCCCGGGGUCGACCGCCCCCGCGGACAGGGUGCGCGGUCUCAUCGUUGGGACCCGCGGCCGCGGGGGCGCAGAGUGGGCGGCGGGAGAGGCGGCGGCAGCGCCUGCGAGGCCGAGGGGAGGUCGCCAGAGGCGCCUCCAGCGCCCGGAGACCCGGUGCGCAGCGCAGCUCGGCCGCGGGACGCGGCGCCCGGAGCCCCGGCAGCGCCCCCCCUCCCUCCCGCGUCGCCCGCCAGCGCCCGCGCCCGCUCCGCCAGUGACUUCAGCUCAGCUCCACCCCCGCGCGGCGGCGGCUCGCUCCGUCCGGACCCGCGCUCGGCACAAGCCCAGCCCGGGCGAGCGGCCGCCACCUGCCUGGCGCCGCCUCCGCCCGCCCCCACCGCGGCCCAACUUGGAUGGAGUUGGGGUCCUGAGCGCCGGCCCCCCACAGCCGCCAGCGCCGAGCGCCGCGCCGCCACCUUCGGUCCGGGACCCUCUCUCCGCUGCUCUUCGCUCCCGCGAUGGGAAAAGUUGGCGCCGGCGGCGGCUUCCAAGCCCGGCUGAGCGCGCUCCUAGCCGGCGCGGGGCUCUUGGUCCUCUGCGUCCCGGGCGUCUUCGGCGGCGGCUCCUGCUGCCCCCCGCCGCACCCUAGCUCAGCCCCACGCUCGACCUCGACCCCUAGGGGUUUUUCUCACCAGGGGCCGCCAGGCAGGGCUCCUGCCACGCCCCUGCCCCUCGUAGUGCGCCCCCUGUUCUCAGUGGCCCCCGGGGACCGAGCGCUGUCCCUGGAGCGGGCUCGGGGCACUGGGGCAUCCGUGGCGGUUGCUACACGCUCCGGCCGGAGGAGACGGAGCGGUGCGGAUCAGGAGAAGGCAGAACGGGGAGAGGGCGCGAGUCGGAGCCCCCGGGGAGUGCUAAGAGAUGGAGGGCAGCAGGAGCCUGGUACUCGGGAGCGGGACCCGGACAAAGCCACCCGCUUCCGGAUGGAGGAGCUGAGGCUGACCAGCACCACGUUUGCUCUGACGGGAGACUCAGCACACAACCAAGCCAUGGUCCACUGGUCUGGCCACAACAGCAGCGUGAUUCUCAUUUUGACAAAGCUCUAUGACUAUAACCUGGGGAGCAUCACCGAGAGCUCACUUUGGAGGUCAACCGAUUAUGGAACAACCUAUGAGAAGCUGAAUGAUAAAGUUGGUUUGAAAACCAUUUUGAGCUAUCUCUAUGUGUGUCCUACCAACAAGCGUAAGAUAAUGUUACUCACAGACCCGGAGAUUGAGAGCAGCUUACUGAUCAGCUCAGAUGAAGGCGCAACUUAUCAAAAGUACCGGCUGAACUUCUACAUUCAAAGCUUGCUUUUCCAUCCCAAGCAAGAAGACUGGAUUCUGGCAUACAGUCAAGACCAAAAGUUAUACAGCUCUGCUGAAUUUGGGAGAAGGUGGCAGCUUAUCCAAGAAGGGGUUGUACCAAACAGGUUCUACUGGUCUGUGAUGGGGUCAAAUAAAGAACCAGACCUUGUGCAUCUUGAGGCCAGAACUGUGGAUGGUCAUUCACAUUAUCUAACUUGCCGAAUGCAGAACUGUACAGAGGCCAACAGGAAUCAACCUUUUCCAGGCUACAUUGACCCAGACUCUUUGAUUGUUCAGGAUCAUUAUGUGUUUGUUCAGCUGACAUCAGGAGGGCGGCCACAUUACUACGUGUCUUACCGAAGGAAUGCAUUUGCCCAAAUGAAGCUUCCGAAAUAUGCUUUGCCCAAGGACAUGCAUGUUAUCAGCACCGAUGAGAAUCAGGUGUUCGCAGCGGUCCAAGAAUGGAACCAGAAUGACACGUACAACCUCUACAUCUCAGACACACGUGGUGUCUACUUCACCCUGGCCUUGGAGAAUGUCCAGAGCAGCAGAGGCCCUGAGGGCAACAUCAUGAUCGACCUCUAUGAGGUAGCAGGGAUAAAGGGAAUGUUCUUGGCUAACAAGAAGAUUGACAACCAAGUGAAGACUUUCAUCACAUACAACAAAGGCAGAGACUGGCGUUUGCUGCAGGCACCGGACACGGAUCUAAGGGGGGACCCCGUGCACUGCUUGCUGCCCUAUUGCUCACUACACCUUCACCUGAAGGUCUCUGAGAAUCCCUACACAUCAGGGAUCAUUGCCAGCAAAGACACAGCUCCAAGCAUCAUAGUGGCAUCAGGUAAUAUAGGUUCUGAAUUGUCAGACACUGACAUCAGCAUGUUUGUCUCUUCAGAUGCAGGAAACACCUGGAGACAGAUCUUUGAAGAAGAGCACAGCGUUUUGUACCUGGAUCAAGGUGGAGUCCUGGUUGCUAUGAAACACACAUCUCUCCCAAUUCGACAUCUUUGGUUGAGUUUUGAUGAAGGGAGAUCUUGGAGCAAAUACAGUUUCACAUCUAUUCCACUUUUUGUGGAUGGGGUUCUGGGUGAACCUGGAGAAGAGACUCUCAUCAUGACAGUGUUUGGACACUUCAGCCACCGCUCUGAAUGGCAGCUGGUCAAAGUAGACUACAAGUCCAUUUUUGAUAGACGGUGUGCCGAAGAGGACUACAGACCUUGGCAGCUGCACAGCCAGGGGGAAGCAUGUAUCAUGGGAGCAAAAAGGAUAUAUAAGAAGCGAAAAUCAGAGCGGAAGUGUAUGCAAGGAAAAUAUGCAGGAGCUAUGGAAUCUGAACCCUGUGUCUGCACUGAGGCUGAUUUUGAUUGCGACUAUGGUUAUGAGCGACACAGCAAUGGCCAGUGCCUGCCGGCAUUUUGGUUCAAUCCAUCCUCUUUGUCAAAGGAUUGCAGCUUGGGACAGAGUUACCUCAAUAGUACUGGGUACAGGAAGGUGGUUUCCAAUAAUUGCACUGAUGGAGUAAGGGAACAGUACACUGCUAAACCACAGAAGUGCCCAGGGAAAGCCCCGCGGGGGCUGCGGAUAGUCACGGCUGAUGGAAAGCUGACAGCGGAACAAGGACACAACGUCACUCUCAUGGUGCAAUUAGAAGAGGGUGAUGUUCAGCGGACACUCAUCCAAGUGGACUUCGGCGAUGGUAUCGCGGUGUCUUACGUCAAUCUCAGCUCCAUGGAAGAUGGGAUCAAACACGUCUAUCAGAACGUGGGCAUUUUCCGUGUGACCGUGCAGGUGGACAACAGUCUGGGUUCUGACAGCGCCGUCCUGUACUUACAUGUAACUUGUCCCUUGGAGCAUGUGCACCUGUCUCUUCCCUUUGUCACCACAAAGAACAAAGAGGUCAAUGCAACAGCGGUGCUGUGGCCCAGUCAAGUGGGCACCCUCACCUAUGUGUGGUGGUACGGAAACAACACGGAGCCUUUGAUCACCUUGGAGGGAAGCAUAUCUUUCAGAUUUACUUCGGAAGGAAUGAAUACCAUCACAGUGCAGGUCUCAGCUGGGAAUGCCAUCCUACAAGACACAAAGACCAUCGCAGUAUAUGAGGAAUUCCGGUCUCUUCGCUUGUCCUUUUCUCCAAACCUGGAUGACUACAACCCAGACAUCCCUGAGUGGAGGAGGGACAUCGGCCGAGUCAUCAAAAAAUCCCUGGUGGAAGCCACAGGGGUUCCAGGUCAACACAUCCUGGUGGCGGUGCUUCCUGGCUUACCCACCACUGCUGAACUCUUUGUCCUACCCUAUCAGGAUCCAGCGGGAGAAAACAAAAGGUCAGCUGAUGACCUGGAGCAGAUAUCAGAAUUGCUGAUCCACAAGCUCAACCAAAACUCAGUACACUUUGAGCUGAAGCCAGGAGUCCGAGUCCUUGUCCAUGCUGCUCACUUAACAGCAGCCCCCCUGGUGGACCUCACUCCAACCCACAGUGGAUCUGCCAUGCUGAUGCUGCUCUCAGUGGUGUUUGUGGGGCUGGCGGUGUUCGUCAUCUACAAGUUUAAAAGGAAGAUCCCGGGGAUUAAUGUUUAUGCCCAGAUGCAGAAUGAGAAAGAACAAGAGAUGAUCAGUCCAGUCAGUCACUCUGAAAGCAGGCCCAAUGUCCCUCAGACUGAACUAAGGAGGCCUGGCCAGCUUAUAGAUGAGAAGGUGGAAUCCCAGCUCAUAGGAGAGUAGCUUUACCCUCCCCUCCCUCCCCUUCUACUCAACCUGGUGACUCAUCUCUCCGAUUGCAAAGAGCAAGACACGCCACUCCGCCUUCAACGCCAAAGCGGGGAUCUGCUGGGGCACAGUAUGCAAUUUAAGGAAAACCCCCAAAGGCUACAGGCGACCUGCUGAUCAGGAAAGAAUUUCACUCUUGUCAAGUACAUCAUCCUUCAUGACCACUAACUUUGUGUUUCUUUUCUUUCCUUUGUUGUUCUGUUUCCUGUUUUGCCAGGAAGUAUUUCCAUAGUUGCUGAGAAUCAAAGCACAAAAGAAAUCCCUACCUAUGUAAAUGUUUGAAUGGAGGACGCCAGUAAAAAAACAAAACAAAAACAAAACAUAAAAUAUAAACAAUCAAAAUCCAAACAAACAAACAAACACUCACUGCAUCGGGACUUUUUAAUUCUUCAGACACAGACAACAAGGGUUUUUAGCUUUAAGCCUGUGCAUGUGGAUGAUACUCUGAGAACAUGUCUGGAGGGGCAGUGUACAGGUGCUCUAUUUUAAUGGAAAACACUCCCCUCUCCCUCUUUCUUCUUCUCCUCUCUCUUUUUUCUGAUCGGUCGUGUUUGUAGAAAAUUCAUAACAUAUAUAGGCCAAGGAAAUCUGCAUGUAUUUUUGGAAAUAUUCUUGGCUCCAGAUUAUCAGCUAUUUUAGCAUUUAAGGCUGAUGGGUGGAUUAGCUACCCCAGCUCCUUUCAUAAGACACAAAGACAUGCACAGGAGUUUGAAACCCUGAGCUGUUUCUCUGUUCCACUUUCCAUAUUGUCAUUUCCCUUCUAAGUUAGCUUUGGUAGCUCUGUUGGUCAGCAGUGGCCACGAGGCUGCUUUCUGCGCUCUCUGUGGCCACAGGAACAAAGAUGCGAGUUGAAGAUCCCUUUGUGCCGGUAGAAUAAGGAAGGCAGGGAGGCAAAGCAUGUCAGAAAUGGACCUUGGUUUCCUGUUCACCUCUUUCCACCAUGAUUGCCUCCCCUUGCAGCUUUCCCUACUCCUGCCCCAACUGCAGUAGGAAAUGGAAUCCCAUUAGUUACCCAUUGUCCUGUCUUCACAUUUGUUUGUCAUCCAUGUGUGACCCUUAUCUGUUGAUAUCUUUGAAUGUCUUCCUUCCAAACCCCAAGUAAGUUGUCCUUCAACUGUUCUUAAUUUUUCUUCCCAAACAUAUUGCUAGAUUCUGGACAUUAACCCUGAUGUUUCCUAAAUACUGGCCUGGCCUCUGCCGCCCCUGCCUCCACCACUCGCAAGUUUCUGAGCCCUUUGUCAGUUUUGUACAUUCCCAAGCAUGCCAGCUUCUGUGCCCAUGGACCUUACUGCAUCCUGCACAGCAGGGUUCAGUUUCAUGUAUCUUUGUCUUUUCCUCUAGAACCUGCCUUUUUCAAAUAUCCCCGCCUUUUCCCACCUGCAAACGUAUACUAUAUGUGAAAGAGUUGAUAUAUGCAAAGCAAUUCAAACCUGGCCAUGUACUUUGGAAAAGAAAGCAUAGAGAUGAUUUGUGGUGUUCUCACACCUUAACGAAAAUCUCGUGCAAUCUGAUUCCAGAAGAUUCUUGUGAGAAAUGUUUUGAAUGUGUGACAGUUUUGCAGGGCAGUUUCCUCCUGUGAUGGUUGCUGUUACCCAGUAUUUCCACUCACAAUAGAAUAGAAAUGUCUGUGAAAUAAAACUGAUUUUAACUAGAAGGAGAAACAGGUUAAUGGACUUUGUGUUUAAGAGUGUCAAACAGUCUGAGAGAAUAAAUGGGGGUCUUAUCUUACAUUAGGGUGAGAGUUUGAUUAUUUAGGAUGAUCCCAGUGAUUUCAUGUGUGCUCUCUGACCUCUGAGUAUUGUAGUAUCAUUAAAGGAAAGAUUUAUGUCUGUAUAAAGGAGAAAAGUUAGCUGAUUGGCAAAAAAGAUUGGCGCAAAGCAUGAAGAAACCCCAGUUUUCCCCAGGGUAAUCAUGAAAGAAGGCCCAGAGAAAGAGGGAGACAAAAGCCUGUUCAGCAGAGGCACCUUUAGUAUUAUCAACUGGGCAGAGACCACUGUAAACUAUAGGAGAAAGAAGUUCUGAUAAACCUCUUAGUAUGCUCAGCCUCCUUCUUUGCUAUGUCCCUAAGCCAACAGUGUAUAACACAGGCCCUGGUGAUAAUGAGGGUGUCCUAAAGAUCCUGAUGUCCAUGACUUCAUGUAGUUCAGGCACAGAAAGAAUAGCAAAGCUGCUGUCAGAAGUUUAUCAGGCAGGGGUAUUGAGGAUACCCCAUAUGAAUCUGGGAAAUGGGCUAGGCCUGAGGCAGCCACCUAUUUGUAGAACUCAAUUGAUCCCCAACCUGCCAGGCUUCCUAUCUCAUAGGAAACAUCCUCAUUGAUCCUCUUCAGUUGGAGCCUCCCAAAUUUAAUCUGGAAGACAAAGUGUUGGAAAACCAAAAGAGGCUCACUCAGACCAGCACAGGGAGUCCUCAGAGUUGCAGUUCAAUUCAUUUUAAUUAGAAAAGUAUGAAAAAGGAAUAACACUUUUAUUCUAGCACAGUGCCUUGCCUAGAGUAGUAGUAUGAAAAUUAUUUGUUGAAGAAAUAAAUGAAUGGAAAGACAUAGGGAAGAAUGGAAUGUAAAUCCUAAUUAAAAAUAGAGGUAGACAUGAGAUGCCUGGCAUUUUGGAAAGUGACCAAAGAUGGCCAACUAGAGAUCUAGCAUCUCCAGGAUCCUCAUGUGCCUCUCCUCAAAGCUCCCUCCCAUCUGUAGGAGAUUAGUGAGGCAAGGUGCUGCUCAGAGAGGAGGACCUCAUUGUUCUUAUGACCUUGGCCAGUUGUUCUCAAAGUGUGGUACCUGAAUCAGCAGUAUCACCAUCACUUGGACUUGUUAGAGAUCCAGAUUCUGGAUCCGUACUCCAUACCUACUGAAUUAGAAACUCUAGGGGAUGAAUAGUGGUGUUCUCUAUUGCUAAGUGAUAGUGGGCCCAGCCAUCUAUUUUAACGAGCCCUCCCAGUGAUUGUGAUACAUACUAAAGUUUGAGAACCAUUGUACUAGGCCAUUCCGGCUGACUCACAAAGAGAAGGCAGUAAUGAGAGCCUACAAAUGGGAGGGACCUAAGUGCCUACCUACUCACUAAUCGCAGGUGCAAACACACAAGGAGUUUGGUGGGCUUAAGGUCAGAGGAAUGUGUAGGGAGGAAUGUAUGUGGAAGGUAAGAUUCAGGGCAAGCUAAAAAUCCGAUACUGCAACGUUUUCCAAAAUCCCAGAAGGCAAACUGUGCAUGUUCUACCCUGAACCACCCACGCAACACUUUCUCCCUUGCCUUAUUUUUAAUUGGAUUCACUGUCCAAAAUGCAGAGGUUUGCUUUGCUUUUUUUCAGAAGUUCCAAACAGCAACUUUGAGAGCAAUGGGGUGCUUGGCAGCUGUUCUGUGUUUUCCAGGAAUCCAACUGAGCAUUGAAAUCUCUCAUUUGCCGACUUAUUUUUAUAGGAAGCCAAUUUAAAAAAAAAAAAAAAAAGUUUUCUUAUAGUAUUGGAACUACUUCUAAUUUUAAAAUGACUUUUUUGAUGUAUUUUUUGUUAAAUACUAUGUAGUGUAAUGUAUAAUUGCUCUUGUUUAUUGCUUUUACAAUCAUAUUUAUUAAACAGAUAAUGUCUCUAAAGUCUUUGCCUCAGGUAUUUUUUUUUUAAUCCUAAACCCUUGGUGUUCAUUCUAAACAUAGAAGUGUUGCAUGUAUAGGAUUUCAUAGAGGCUAAUUGCAUAAGAAAUAGUAAACACCACAGGCUUGAGGUUUUUUGCUGGUUUUUUUUUCACUAACAAGGCAGAAUGUAUGUACUAAUGUAUGAAUUCUACCUGCAUUUCAAUUAACUAUACAAUGUUUAUUAAAUUACUUUGAUUUAAAAAUUA